GGCUGGCCUGUGGGCCUGCUGGCCGCCUGGAGUCGCGAGCAAGACGUGCGCGUCUGCCUGCCCGCCUGGCGUGUGCUGCGCAACCUCACGCUGGCGGAGCGCCUGCUGGAGAGCCCGCCGCCGUCCGACGCUCCGGGUGACUCGUCCGCCGAGCGCUACACGCAGUGCUGGCCGCGCGACUGGCUGCCAGCAGACCUGCUGCCGCUGCGCGCCCGCCUGCUGUCGGUGGACUACGAUUCGGCCUGGAGCGAGUGGCGGCCGCGCUGUCCGGCGCGCCGUGGCCGCGCCUUGGCCGAGCGCGCCGACGAGCUGCGCCGCCAGCUGAUCGCGGCCGGUCUCGGCGAUCGGCCCAUCGUGUGGGUCACGCACUCGAUGGGCGGGCUGCUCGUAAAGCAGCUGCUGGCGACGGCGCUGCUCCGGCUGCGCGAGGCGUGCUGUUCGUUGAGCCGGAGUCGGCGCACCGGCGUGGGCCGGCUCGUGCUGGCCGACGCCGACCACCUGGACGUCUGCAAGCCGCGCUCGCGGCAGAGCCAGGUGUAUCAGAUGGUGGUGGAGUUCGUGCGGGACAACUGCUGACCGCGGUCAGCAGGUGCACCGGCAGCUGCCGCCAACGGCCGGGUGGCGCGCGAUGUGUCUGAUGCCGGUCAGUUGGUGCGUGAACUCGGCAGUGGUCCGUUGCU